UGGCAGUAGAGGGACGAGAGAGCCGACUGAAACUGAUGGCGCAGCAGUAAUACACGUACCUGAUGAACUACCAGGACAAACGGAUUAUUUAUGUCGUGUGCAAGACUGCAGUGGUCACUAGUCACUUUUUAACAAGCAACUCGACCACGAGCCGUCAAGAAUACAACCGGUUUGUCUUUGUUUGAGCACCACGAUAUUCAUAAAUAAGCAGCAGCUUUUCUAUAUUUCAGUUUCUGUUUCUAAUGAGUGAGUUGCAUGAACAGAAACAGUAGCACCAGAACAUUCACUUUUACACAGAUGAUACUUUGUUCCGCGAAGUAGAACUACACGUGAAAAAAUAAGAAAAUGCAUUCUGACGAGCAGGACCGUCUUCGGCCAGACGAGGCAGAGGACCAAGACUCUUGCGUUGAGGUAACCCUUCGCGAGGACAGCGAGAAUGAGGCCGGGGGCGGGUAUUCUGGCGGCGACCCGUUUCUGAAUGAACAAAAGGCCGCAGGGGAGCAAAAUUAUCGACAGGGGUCAUCUAGCAGGACAAUCACCUUCACUGCGGAGGAUGUAGACGAGAUUUUUGCGACAAAAAGCGAAGAGGGAAACAAGUCCAGCGACGGUGCGCAGGCGAAGUUUCUGGAGCAAUUUAAAAAUAUUGCAGGAAGCGGAACUAGUGGGAGGGACGAGGCACGACGGCCCGUGGGGAGGCCAACCUUUCCAAACAGUGAGGCGCCAAUCGGUGCUACAGCCGUCGCGACACUCAAGAAUUCUGGUGGAGCUGCUGGACAGAGCGGCGGAGAAGAAGACGAGCAAUCUACAGAGGUCACUGAUAUGGAUGUGUCAGAGUUGAAAUCGACAAAGUUGAAAUAAUUUGCCAUGCAUAAAAUGGAUGCCAGUUGGAACCCAGUUUCCAAGUGGCGCAUGACAAAUUUCGGCGGUCGCUAAAUCCAGUUUGUCAUGCUGUUUAGGCAAAGAAGAGCGAUUCUCUCAUGCUACUUUAGCAGCUCGAGCUUUAACCCCAAACAGGCUUACAAUGGGCCUCACUUGCCUGCUCUGCAACGCACGUACCUCGGGUCAUGCAUUUUAUGCAUAACAAAUUACUUCAACUCUGACGAUUUCAAACCUGACGCUUCCAUAACUGAUGUCGUCCCAAUAGAGUACCAGCUCUGCGAGUUUUGCUGCAUAUGAACUGCAAAAGUAUCGUACUCGUAUAAAUGCAUUACAAAUUUCAUCAGCAUGAAAAAUAAGAUUUGUAAUGCUGAUUUGCCUUCAGACAAAAAAAAUGCAAGACUUGCAUUUAUACGAGUGCGAUACUUUUGCACAGGAUACUGCAAAGUGGAAAGCAAAUCACCGAGCCCAACUUUCUCGAGCCGAUUGGUGCUCAUCCAGACGUCGCAAACAGACACUGGCGCUACGGGCGGCGGGGAUUCAAAUUACCACACGGGAGGAGACGAACACCAACAAGAAAACGGGCAGCAGGAGGGGCAAGAAAGAUUUCAGGUGGAGGAGGACACCUACACGUACACCUCCGCUCCAUUCGUGGACAAAUGUGGCGGCGCCGGGGGUCGUGGGGGGAGACAGCAGGACGGCGAGAAACAUCAAGGAGUGGGAGAACAAAACAGCUACCACGACAGUCUUGGAGGUUAUCAUGUCAAAGACCAUGAUCAAAUCCUCGCGAAGACGCGGACAAAACCGGCGACCGCCAGCACGCUGCUGACCGCAACUCCUGGGCCCAACUUCGCAAAAACCGUGUGCACGUUCUGCGAGAAGCCCAUCUGUCUGGAUUGCAUCCGGAGUUUCCGGUGCAAUCACCCGCUGGACUGCUGUUUUCCGAGCCGGCGAUGGACAACCAACAGUUACUGCGACCGCUGCUUCAUCGCGGAGCGGGAACGGAGGAUACGAAGACACACCACGACCAUGCGCACACCGGCGACCGCAGAUAGCUACAUGCGCAGCUCCGUGCACGUCGCGACCGGAAAACAUUUGCGGUCACCUGCGUCGAGCAAGGAGAGGUCGAGCAAGGAGAGGAAAAGCAAGGAGCGGGUCGCACGACCGGCGCAACCGCAAUCACUGCAAGAACUGGAGACAACCACGGAGGUUGGUGUCACGGCACCGGCCAAUCGCGUGUAGUAAAGGGUAAGGGAUGGACAUGGAGCAUCAACAAAGAAUUUCAGCCCUCGGUCCCAUGGAACCGAUGUCGGUAGAAGUUGAUGUUCAACAGCAUAUUAUGCUCUUCCUAUUAUUGUGAAAGUGUUGUGAGUGUGACACAUUUGCGCAUGAUGGAUAGAUGGUAGAACUGCACAACGCUCACGUGUGUUGAAUGUGACGCUGAAGACCUACGCGGCACGCGGUAUGAUAACAACUUCCUAACUGCGAGCUUCUCUUUCUUUGAGCUGAAAUUCACCACACACGACGAUUAUAAGAUUCAUUAGGCAAUAAACAAUCACACACUGACAGUUCGAAGGGCAUUUCAGAACCUUGUCGAAAACUGGUCACAUGUGCAAUGUCAGAUGUCGAUGUGUUUACGUCUUCAGAGCGAAACAAGCCCUUGAUUGAUAAAUGAUUUUCCGCUGAUUUUUCGUGCACUGAGACUUGUCUUUCUUUGUGGAUAAUCUCACGACCUUCGUGCACGACCAUCGAUGCACAACAAGCAUUGCGCCGCAUGGUGCUUGCAAUGUUGAUGCGACCACAUCAACGUCACUACUGCACUUGUGGUGGUCUUCGAAAAGUUGUAAAGUAGUUUCCAAUUCGUUGGAUCUCCAGCUCUCUUCUAUUAUAUGUAAAACCAUAUCUCCCCCCGUUGCGGCUAAGUAGUAUAAAUAAAAGCUGGGAAUAACAUGAUCACACGGCGCUAGCGAUUCAUGUGGUUGCAGCUCCAUGCGGGACGUCGUCGUCGAAAUUGCAUUGUGGAGGUGUAGAAGACGCUGAAGAUGCUACUUAGAGUAAACAAACGAAAACCCUGCUAACAAGGAGGACAAGCGUUGCGCUAGCCCCUCGUCUGCUCUCGUCUGUGUACCAUUUUUACAGAUGAAGAUGAUGUCGUAUCGAAGGAUGUUCACAGCUGGUGCGCAAUACUUCCCUGAUCCAAUUUUUGCGCUUGAAAGUUGGCACUGAU